AUUCACAUUGUCUGAGGAGAGUAGCCCUUUCAGAACCGAGUUGCGCGGACACGUCCGUCCAACAUGUCCUCGUUGCUCAAGCCGUUCUCGCUCUGUGAGGGUCCCUGUGAGACCCGCUGUACCCAGAGACAAACCCCGAGCCCGGCUCUCCAUCCGCAGCCUCCGGCCCAGCUGGGCUCACUGCCCGAAUACCCGAAUCUCUUCCCGUGCAGGAGGAAGGUGGCGGCCGCCGCUCCCGGAGGGAGGAGGAUCACCCACCCCGGGAAAGCGAUCCUAGCAGGAGGUAUUGCAGGAGCCAUAGAGAUCUGCAUCACCUUCCCCACAGAGUAUGUGAAGACUCAGCUGCAGCUGGACGAGCGGGCCAACCCACCCAGAUACAGGGGCAUCGGAGACUGUGUGAAGCUGACCGUGCAGGAUCAUGGACUCCGGGGUCUGUACCGAGGUCUCAGCUCCCUGCUCUACGGGUCCAUACCCAAAUCUGCGGUCAGGUUUGGCACGUUUGAGAUCCUCAGCGCGCCGAUGCGUGAUCACACGGGUCGCCUGGACAACAUGCGGAGCCUCCUGUGUGGGUUAGGAGCCGGGAUAGCUGAGGCCGUGCUCAUCGUCUGCCCUAUGGAGACGCUGAAGGUGAAGCUGAUCCACGACCAGUGCUCCAUGCGACCUCGGUACCGAGGCUUCUUUGACGGAGUCGGUCAGAUCGUCAGAGAACAGGGUUUGAGAGGCACAUAUCAAGGUCUGACAGCCACUGUUCUGAAACAAGGAAGCAACCAGGCCAUCCGGUUCUACGUCAUGACCUCUUUGAAGAACUGGUACAAAGGUGACGAUUCCAGAAGGCAAAUGCAUCCGAUUGUGACGGCCAUGUUUGGAGCGACAGCUGGAGCAGCCAGUGUUUUUGGAAACACGCCUCUGGAUGUGGUGAAGACAAGGAUGCAGGGUUUAGAAGCCCACCGAUACAAAAACACUCUGGACUGCGCCUUCCAGAUCCUGAAACACGAAGGACCACAUGCGUUCUACAAAGGCACGGUUCCUCGGCUGGGCCGCGUGUGCCUGGACGUGGCCAUAGUCUUCGUCAUUUACGAGGAGGUGGUGAAGAUGCUGGACGGCGUGUGGAAGACGCAGUGACGCAGGAGGAGGAGCACAGAUCAGUGCCUCGCAUUACGCACAACCUAACACCUCUAUUCUAGCUACUCUGGCGGUCUGCAGCUGACAUGUGACCGGUGUCCACACUGUUGCCUGACAUUCACGGGACUGACCAGAACCACUCUAAACAGAGGACGGGGAGGGUUGAUUCUUCGCUGAAGCAGUCAGACAAAAAGGAAAUCUUUUAUUUUGAAGGACACAGUCAGAACACCCAGGCUCAGUUUGAAGAAUACUACAUUUAGAGAAGUAUUAUUACACAGAACUGUUUAGUUCUCGCCACCAAGUCCGAACCGGAUCUUGAUUCACUUUUACAGAGCGAACAACAAAGAUUCAAUUAGAUUCAAACUUUGUUUUUGAACCUCUGCAACGCAUCUGCACAACUCUUCCACACGCCUCCGCGUUGUCGUGCUUUUGUUGCGUCGACACCAAAACUCACUCGAGUCUUUUCACUCUGUGUCUGGGGAAUUACCAAAGGUUCGUAAAAGUAUUCACUCGUCAUCUUGUUGCCUCACAGCCUGGAAUUUAAGAGCAAUUUGGCAGGUUUUGUAUUGAUUUUACACAACAAACCAAAUAAUUUCAAAGUUGACCCUGCAGCUUUGCCUU